AUGCGUGCAUCCCGUCCAGUUCUUCAACUAUACCGCGUUGGAUCAUCCGAUCCUUAUUCUUUAGAGACAUUCCCGGUGAGAAGUGUACGUGCUGGGAUAUCUAGUAGUAGCAGCAGUUCCAUCACCCGGGAAGCCUCCUGCACAAGUGACUCGUGUCACUCGUGCUACACCAUUAACUCUGCCGGAGGAAAAACUGGCGACACUUGCAGCACCGACACGAGACGUUCACCACAGCUGCCGCUCGUCACCAGCAAAUACUCCAAAAGACAUUGUUACAUCGGUUGCAUGGCGAAACUCAUUGAUUCUUUUUUGAAUAAUUACACGUAA